AUGGCCGGCCAAUCCGGUAGGCGCUGGGGCGUGACGGAUCCCAUUUCACGCGCGCCCCCCACCGAUGCCGAGCUGGCGCUGGAUGCCGCUCUUCUGGACGAGUUGCGCAGCCAGAACACCUUUGAGGCCCCAGAGGAGACGGAGAAAAGGGGCGCCGCUCUGCACACUCUGCAAAAGGCUGUCGAAGAGUUUGUCCGUCACGUUGGCCAUGUGAAGGGCCUUGCGCCCUCCGUUAUCGAGAACGCUGGCGGCAAGAUCUGCACCUUUGGUAGCUAUCGCCUGGGUGUCUACGGUCCCGGCUCCGAUAUCGAUACGCUCGUCCUUGCACCCAAGCACGUCACCCGUGACGACUUCUUUGCGCAUUUCAUCAACGUCCUCGAGAAAGUUGCGCCUCCUGGCGCCAUCGAGAAAUUCUCGCCGGUUCCCGAUGCCUUCACUCCAAUCAUCAAGAUGGACUUCCUCGGGAUCGAUAUCGACUUGAUCUUCGCUCGCCUUGCCAUCGCCUCGGUACCCCUAGAUCUCGACUUGAAGGACAAUAGCUUGCUCCGUGGUCUGGAUGAGACGGAUUUGCGCAGUGUGAACGGCACUCGCGUUACGGACGAGGUGCUCUCUCUGGUCCCUCAACCUAAGAUCUUCAGACAGGUCACCAGAGCUGUCAAGCUAUGGGCUCAGCGCCACGCCAUCUAUGCGAACAUUGUUGGGUUCCCGGGAGGUAUCGCUUGGGCUAUGAUGGUUGCGCGUAUAUGCCAGCUGUACCCAAUGGCUUGUGCUGCCGUUGUCCUGGGCCGCUUCUUUUACCUGAUGAGCACAUGGCCCUGGCCGCGUCCCAUCAUGCUGAAGGAGAUCGAGGAUGGUCCGCUGCAAGUCCGCGUCUGGAAUCCUCAAAUCUACCCCGGCGACAAGCGCCACCUGAUGCCGAUCAUCACCCCUGCUUACCCUUCAAUGUGUGCAACGCACAACAUUACACACUCGACGCAGAAGGUCAUCAAGCGCGAACUACUGCGUGCGAGCCAGAUCACCAGUGAUAUCCUGGCGGAGAAGCGACGCUGGCGGGAUUUGUUCGAUAAGCACACCUUCUUCACCCAAGACUUCAAGUACUAUCUUAGCAUUGUCGCAGCAAGCCAUGACAAGGAGGCGCAGGACAACUGGAGCAGCUCUGUCGAGUCCAAGGUCCGCAAGCUCGUCGGUUUGAUUGAACAAUCGCCCGCGGAGGACGUUGAACUGGCCCAGCCAUUCAACAAAGGCUUCAAGCGCGUCCAUCACUGCAAGACGGAGGAAGACAAAGAAGAGAUUUUGCAGGGUAGCGUGAAGUACUCGGUCAAGACCGACACCACUGAUGAGUCGAACGGCAUGCUUCAGGACAUCGGUGCUGGGGGCGCCGCAGACAAGCUCGAUUUGUCCAACGGCGACGCCAACGGCAAGGAAGCCAACGGCGACAGCCCCAUUACCGUCUACACGACUACUUUCUACAUUGGCAUUGAGCUGAAGCCAGGCGCCAAGUCACUUGACAUCUCCUAUGCGGUCUCGGAAUUCAAGCGUCUGUGCCAGGAGUGGGCUAACUACGAUCAACACCUGCAUUCAAUCCGCAUCGUGCACACGAGGAGCUACGACCUCCCAGAUGAUUGCUUUGACGCGGGCGAGGCGAAGCCGGUAAAGGCCAAGAAAGUUAAGACGACAAAGAAGCGCUCUCAUCGCGAAGCCGGAAUGGAGGUCAGUCAAGGAAGAAAACCCGAGUCUGGAGGCGCGCCGCCGGUGAAAGUCGCGCAACUCUUCCGCCGAGAAGAGUCCCCGAUUGAAUCGCUCGGGCUAGGUUGCUCCGAGCACAUGGGUCUUUUGCUGAUGCAAUGCUUACAUGGUACAGGAAACGCUGUCGCAGAACUCCGCAAAGCGUCGCCUCUCGUCGAACGGAGAGGCGGUGGCAACCCCCGCCGGCUGAGCUCAGCACCAAGGUGUAGUUUGAGCGUUGAUCGCCUCUUCAGAGUGUGGAGUGGAGCAGAUGCCUGA